UUUCUUAUUAAGUUCUUUCAGCUUUCCCAGCCGUCGCUUACUUUCAGUUUCUCUCCGAGUCCUUUGGUCUGCCGCCGUUUCCCCUCUGUCUCUCUCCCUCUCCAUAGACGACCAGCUCACACGUCUCCUUUGCUGGAAAACGGCGUUGGUUUUGUCAAAACCCGAACCCGACACAUUCUCUCUUCGGCUGGCUGCCCCUUCCCUUUCUCUUUUCCUCAGCCGAACACGCAACCUCUGGCCACAACCAACUUGGUUGAUCGCACAACGGAUUUCGGAUUGCUAAUCCCUCUUAUAUUUUUGGACCAUUGAGAGAAUUCAAGUAUCACGCUUUGCUACGUAGCAACUGAUUUUCUCCUAACAACUGGGUGACACGACUAGAUGGAGGACUGGGAGGAUGAGCAAAUUCCACCUGUUCUUGCAAAGGAGCAACCUAUGAACAAAUGGGAUGAUGAAGAUGCGGAUGAUAAUGAUGUGAAGGAAUCAUGGGAAGAUGAUGAUGAAUCUACACCGGCACCUGAAUCAAAACCUCCUGCUGAAAAGGCCCCAAAGAAACCCACAGUGAAAGCUACUGAAAAGAAAGGAAAAACAGUUGUAGCAGUAAAGGAAGAGCCACUAGAUCCUGUAGCCGAGAAACUUCGCCAACAAAGGCUGGUGGAAGAAGCAGAUUAUAGCUCCACUAAGGAACUGUUUGGUAAGACAGGUGAUGAGAAGACCCUUGAUAAUUUUAUUCCCAAAUCAGAAAGUGAUUUCUUGGAAUAUGCAGAGCUUAUUUCACAUAAACUGCGUGCACAUGAGAAAAGUUAUCAUUAUAUUGGUUUACUCAAAGCUGUAAUGAGACUGUCAAUGACUGCUAUGAAAGCCGCAGAUGCAAAAGAAGUUUCAUCUUCUGUCACAGCAAUUACGAAUGAAAAGCUAAAAGCAGAGAAGGAAGUGAAUGCUGGUAAAAAAAAGACAGGUUCCAAAAAAAAGCAGAUCCAUGUUGAAAAGCCAGACGAUGAUUUAGUUAUUACUGCCUAUGAUGCUCUGGAUGAUGAUGAUUUCAUGUGAGUGUUUCAGUUCGUUCCAUCUAAAGAGAAGGGAUUCUCAGUAUUUGGAAAACUGAUAUAGACAUAAGAUCCUUCGGCAUUUCCCUCCACAGAUUGAUACGAGUGCUAUUGCUUUAUUUUGUUUAAUAAUAGGGUUUGUCAGAUUGCCAUUUACAUGCCAUGGUAAAUUUUGUUAGUUUUGGAUGCUAGAUCAUCCACAUUUGUCUACACAUACCAAGUGCUGUGUUUUGCAUGAGUCCUUCAAUGAUAUAUGAUGACUAUGAAAAAAAUGAAAAGACUGCUAUUUAUUGA